AUGGGAAAGAAAUGGGAUACAAGUGAAUAUGAGCGAAUAGCACGUGAACGUAUUGAACAAUUGCGAAAGAAACAGAAUGAAGACAGUGAUGAUGAUGACGAUGAUGAUGAAUUAGAUGAAAAGCCAAUUAAACGCACUCUUUUACAAGCAAGAGAUUAUAAGGUUGAUCUUGAUUCAAGGUUAGGAAAAUCAGUGAUUGUUACUAAAGCGACACCGGCAUCUGACGCAGGAGGUUUAGAUCAACGGAAUAUGGGAAUGUCCAUGAAAGUUGAACGAAGUUCAGUUGAUCAAGUGCGAGAACGUAUCAAAUUAAAUAAACAAAAACAAAGUGAACAAGAAAAAGAAUAUGAUUUUGAAGAAAGAAUGAAAGAACUUAAAGAAGAAGAAGAAAAACUUAAAGCCCAUCGUCGUGAAAAACGAAAAGAAUCAAAAAAACGAAAAUUUGACGAUGCUCAUGGCGAUGAUGACGAUGAAUCAGAUUUAGCUACUGUUAUGGGAUUUUCAGGAUUUGGGGGAAUCAAAAAAUGA